AUGUCAAGGAGUAAGUGUCAGGAUCGAUAUUGCCCUACAGAAUAUGAGAGAUUCCAAAGCGACGCUGAGGAAGCGUCGAGAGAUAGCGGCAACCGCCGGCUCUCGGGCCGCAUACAUAUCCUGGGCAUUGGGAACGUUGGAACAUUCGUCGCUCACUCUCUUGCCAGCCGGCCAUCUCCCCCUCCUAUCACUCUUCUGAUGCACACUCCCAAUCUUUAUAGGUCCUGGUUAGAGAGGAAAAAAUGUCUAGCGAUCAAUACUAAUGGCCUGGAUGAUGUAAAAACGGGGUUUGAUGUCAAUGUACUGAAUGAUAAGGCGUGGUACUCAGUGCCGUAUUGGAAUAAGGAUGGUACAGCAGAGAAUGGAAACGACAGCAUUGACGAGCAUGCUGAAAAUGUCGGUAAUGAGGAACUCUUAGCGCAACCUGCCGACGAGCGUAUUGAGUGUCUGAUCGUUGCUGUCAAAGCACCAGUGACUGUGGCGGCGAUGGACUCUGUCAAGCGCCGCCUGACGCCUGAUUCAACGGUCCUGUUUCUCCAGAAUGGAAUGGGCAUCAUCGAUGAGCUCAAUGAGAAAGUUUUCCGGGACCCUCGACAACGUCCACAUUACAUGUCUGGUGUUAUCUCCCACGGGUUAGCACGAAGGAAAGAACCAUUCCAAGUCAGCCACACAGGCGUCGGUACAACUAUCCUGGGUUCUGUCCCACCGGCAGAUGCCUUGUCCCCAGCAAAUAAAGGGGAUGUCGAUUGGACCCCAAGCACCAAAUACCUGUUGCGCACACUGACGCUCACACCACCACUUGUUGCUGUUGCUGAAACCCCAUCCGCCUUGAUGCUAUACCAGCUUGAGAAGCUCGCAUUAAACUGUGUAAUCAACCCAUUGACAGCGAUCAUGAACUGCAAGAACGGAGAACUCCUCUACAACUAUAGCUUCACGCGUAUCAUGCGGUUGCUCCUCAUUGAGAUAUCAAGCGUCAUCUGCGCUUUGCCCGAACUGCAAGGUGUUCCUGGAAUUGAAAGCCGGUUUUCUCCCGAGCGACUGCGGAUGAUGGUCGUGCAGCUGGCCAACAAGACAGCCAAGAACCAUAGUUCGAUGUUACAGGAUGUGCUGGCGAGAAAACCUACGGAAAUCGAAUACUUGAAUGGUUACAUCGUACGUAGGGGCGAGGAACUUGGUAUCAAGUGUGUGGUGAAUUAUAUGAUGAAGCACCUGGUUCUCGCCAAACGCCUCCAAACGAAGCAGGUAGAGUCGGGUGCCAUUCCGAUUGAUCUGCUCCAAGAGCCCAAAAUGUGA